AUGGCUGUCACCGCAUAUGCUUCCCCAGCAGGGGACCCCCUCCAACUCAGCCUUCUCAAUGUAUCUCGCCUCUUCACUCGAUUAGAGCACAACCUGCUUUCCCCAGCGACAGACCUCCACUCCCUCCGCCGAUCCGAGUACCAGCGCGCGCGCGUGAGCAAGAAUGUUGAUUAUGCCCGCACCCUCCUCGCGCAGCUCGAGCGCUCACUGCCUCAACUCAAACCGCCAGCCCGGAGACACGAGGCGCAGUCGGAGAUAGCGCGGGACCGGGCCCUUCUGAAGCGCAUACAGAGUGUACUGGACGAAGCCGAGUAUCGCGCAGAAGAUGAAGAUGAAGAUGAGGAGGAAUGGGGCACCUUGUUUUCUAAGCCUAUGACGGAGGAGGUUGUUUCUUCGAUGCCAUCGACGGGUCAACCGGAGCGGGUGCAAAUACACAACCAAAGGGGAGGCGACAAUGACGAAGACAUAAAAGAGGAGGUGGAAUCAACACGGGAUGUACCUGCUGCCGACACUACUAUCCUCCCAACAACUACAUCUACUACAACUGCCCCUCCAACAGCAACAACACCCCCGACAUCCACCCUCCGCCACCGAUACAACACCCACGAGCCACCAUCAACAACAGCCGCAAAAGCAAAAGCAACAGGAACCAGCGCUUCGUCCUCUCCAGCAGCACCAUCACCCGACAAGCUCGCCACAGCAGAGCAGGAGCUUUCCUCGGCGCGCCUGGAACAAGAAGACCUGACGAGCUCGCUGCUCUCGCUGGCCGGCCAGCUCAAGGCAUCAUCGCAGUCCUUCCAGACAACGCUCGAAAGUGAAAAGUCGGUACUAGAUCGGGCAGUGCAGGGAAUUGACAAGACCAGUACCACGAUGGAGGCGGCGGGGAAGCGGAUGGGAAUGCUGCGGCGGAUGACGGAGGGAAAGGGGUGGUGGGGACGAAUGAUGCUGUAUGCGUGGAUCUUUGGGCUGUGGGUGUUGGCCGUGUUGAUUGUGUUUGUUGGGCCGAAGUUGCGGUUUUAG